UCCCCGUAGCCGGCGGCGGCGCGGCGUCUGAGGCGGCGAUGGAGGGAUCCCAGUCGGUCGCAGCGCCGCGGGGGGAAGAAGCAUCCUGUUCUUCCUGGGGGCCCGGCAGUACAAGUAAGAAUUUUACCAUUAUGUCAGCUGAAUCUGUGGAGAUUGAUGAUGCGUUAUAUAGUCGCCAGAGGUAUGUUCUUGGAGACACAGCAAUGCAGAAGAUGGCCAAAUCCCAUGUUUUCUUAAGUGGUAUGGGUGGUCUCGGUUUGGAAAUUGCAAAGAAUCUUGUUCUUGCUGGGAUUAAGGCACUUACAAUUCAUGAUACAGAAAAAUGCCAGGCAUGGGAUCUAGGAACCAACUUCUUUCUCUGUGAAGAUGAUGUUAUUAAUAUGAAAAACAGGGCUGAAGCUGUACUUCAACAUAUUGCAGAACUAAAUCCAUAUGUGCAUGUUACGUCAUCAUCUGUUCCUUUCAAUGAAACCACAGAUCUUUCAUUCUUAGAUAAAUACCAGUGUGUAGUAUUGACUGAAAUGAAACUCCCCUUGCAGAAGAAGAUCAAUGACUUCUGCCAUUCUCACUGCCCUCCAAUUAAGUUCAUCAGUGCGGAUAUACAUGGAAUUUGGUCACGCUUGUUUUGUGAUUUUGGUGAUGAAUUUGAAGUUUCAGAUACAACAGGAGAAGAACCAAAAGAAAUUUUCAUUUCAAACAUAACGCAAGCUAAUCCUGGCAUUGUCACUUGCCUUGAAAAUCAUCCUCACAAACUUGAGACAGGACAGUUCCUAACAUUUCGAGAAAUUAAUGGAAUGACAGGUUUAAAUGGAUCGACACAACAAAUAACUGUGGUAUCACCAUUUUCUUUUAGCAUUUGUGACACUACAGAACUAGAACCAUAUUUACAUGGUGGCAUAGCUGUCCAAGUGAAAACUCCUAAAAUGUUUUACUUUGAGCCAUUGGAGAGGCAGAUAAAGCAUCCAAAAUGCCUUAUUGCAGAUUUUAGCAAACCUGAGGCACCUCUACAGAUUCACACAGCUAUGCUUGCCUUGGACCAGUUUCAGGAGAACUAUAGUCGGAAGCCAAAUAUUGGAUGCCAACAAGAUUCAGAAGAGUUGUUGAAACUGGCAACAUCCAUAAGUGAAACCUUGGAAGAAAAGCCUGACAUAAAUGUUGACAUUGUCCGUUGGCUGUCUUGGACUGCUCGAGGUUUUUUGUCCCCUCUUGCUGCAGCUGUAGGAGGUGUUGCCAGCCAAGAAGUUUUGAAAGCUGUGACAGGGAAGUUUUCUCCUUUGUGCCAGUGGUUAUAUCUAGAGGCAGCAGAUAUUGUCGAAUCCCUAGACAAAACUGAAUGUGAAGAAUUUCUUCCACGGGGAGAUAGGUAUGAUGCCUUAAGAGCAUGCAUUGGAAACACUUUGUGUCAGAAGCUGCAAAAUUUGAAUAUCUUCUUAGUAGGAUGUGGAGCCAUAGGCUGUGAAAUGUUGAAAAAUUUUGCUUUACUUGGUGUUGGCACAAGCAAAGAGAAAGGAAUGGUCACAGUUACUGAUCCUGACUUGAUAGAAAAAUCCAAUUUAAAUAGGCAAUUCCUAUUUCGUCCUUACCACAUACAGAAACCUAAAAGCUAUACUGCUGCUGAUGCGACUCUGAAAAUAAAUCCUCAAUUAAAAAUAGAUGCACACCUGAACAAAGUAUGUCCAGCCACUGAGACCAUUUACAAUGAUGAGUUCUAUACUAAGCAAGAUAUAAUUAUUACAGCAUUAGAUAAUGUGGAAGCCAGGAGAUAUGUAGACAGCCGCUGCUUAGCAAAUCUACGACCUCUCUUAGAUUCUGGAACAAUGGGCACUAAGGGACACACAGAAGUUAUUGUACCUCAUUUGACUGAGUCUUAUAAUAGUCAUCGGGAUCCCCCAGAAGAGGAAAUACCAUUUUGUACUCUAAAAUCCUUUCCGGCUGCUAUUGAACAUACUAUACAGUGGGCAAGAGAUAAGUUUGAAAGUUCCUUUUCCCAUAAGCCUUCACUGUUUAACAAAUUUUGGCAAACCUAUCCAUCUGCAGAAGAUGUCUUACAGAAGAUGCAAAAUGGACACAGCUUAGAAGGCUGUUUUCAAGUUAUUAAGUUACUUAGCAGAAGACCAAGAAACUGGUCUCAGUGUGUAGAAUUAGCAAGAUUAAAAUUUGAGAAGUAUUUUAACCACAAGGCUCUUCAGCUUCUUCAUUGUUUUCCCCUCGACACAAGAUUAAAAGAUGGCAGUUUAUUUUGGCAAUCACCAAAGAGGCCACCUUCUCCAAUAAAAUUUGAUUUAAAUGAACCUUUGCACCUCAGUUUUCUUCAGAAUGCUGCAAAACUAUAUGCUACGGUGUAUUGCAUUCCAUUUACAGAAGAGGGCUUAUCAGCAGAUGCCCUCCUGAAUAUUCUUGCAGAAGUAAAGAUUGAGGAGUUCAAGCCUUCCAAUAAGGUUGUUCAAACAGAUGAAACGGCAAGGAAACCGGAGCAUGUUCCUGUUAGCAGUGAAGAUGAGAGGAAUGCUGUUUUCCAACUGGAAAAGGCUAUUUCAUCUAACAAAGCUACCAAAAGUGACCUUCAAAUGGCAGUGCUUUCCUUUGAAAAGGAUGAUGAUAGUAAUGGACACAUAGAUUUCAUCACAGCGGCCUCCAAUCUUCGUGCCAAAAUGUAUAGCAUUGAACCAGCUGACCGUUUCAAAACAAAGCGAAUCGCUGGGAAAAUUAUACCUGCCAUAGCAACAUCUACUGCUGCGGUUUCUGGCUUGGUUGCCCUGGAGAUGAUCAAAGUGGCUGGUGGCUAUCCAUUUGAAGCUUACAAAAAUUGUUUUCUUAACCUAGCCAUUCCAAUUCUAGUGUUUACAGAGACAUCUGAAGUGAGAAAAACUGAAAUCAGAAAUGGAAUCUCAUUUACAAUUUGGGACAGAUGGACUAUACAUGGAAAAGAAGAUUUCACCCUAUUGGAUUUCAUAAAUGCAGUAAAAGAGAAGUACGGCAUUGAACCAACAAUGGUGGUACAGGGAGUCAAAAUGCUUUAUGUUCCUGUUAUGCCUGGUCAUGCAAAAAGAUUGAAAUUAACAAUGCAUAAACUUGUGAAACCUUCUACUGAGAAGAAAUACGUGGAUCUUACUGUGUCGUUUGCCCCAGAUACUGAUGGAGAUGAAGAUUUGCCAGGACCUCCAGUAAGAUACUACUUCAGUCAUGACAGUGAUUAAUAGAAGUUGUCUUAAAAUUACUCCUGGACUACUUGAUUUUGGACAUGGUGCGCUUAAUUCAGAAACUAUGAAAAAAAAAUCAGCUCUGAUAUUAUGGAUUUCUUUUUGAUGAAGCCUUAAUUAAAGGGGAACAUCAAUAGGAAACUACUAUAAAGAACUGUAAAACAUUUUGGAGCGUUAAUGUACACUUGUCUAGUGCUUCACAAAUGACCAUGAUCACAAGCUACUUUGAACUGGAAUACCAUUUUUUAAUGAUGACAACAAAUUUGUAUAUUAACUUCUCUGGAUGAAAAAGAAGGAAAAAAUAUUUAUUUAUGACCAGAAGUGAUAAGGAUCAACAAAUUGAAAGUAAUGAAUGCAACUAUCCGAAAGGUCUAAUCUCAUUUUAUGAAUUUUUUUUUGUUAGUGUUUGAGAUCCCUUUUUCUAUCUGAAUAGUGUGUGGCACCCUGAUCCUCUCAUGAUUAGGCUUUAAGCUUCUAAUACUCGUGGGAAGAGGGAAGGAUGGUAGUGGUGGAUGAAGAGUAGACAUUUUAAAUUGUGUAGUCAUGGCUUACUGUCCUGUUACCCCUGCUAGUGUAAUGAGAAUUGGUUGUGUCACUGUCUCCAAGAAAUCAGGAUUUUUGUUGAGAGCAGCAGUGUUGUAAGCUGUGAGCAGUAGGUCAGAUAACACAUGUUAACCUGGACUAAAUGUUAACAGUAUUAUAUGGACUCUGGAUAGCCCUCUUAGAGAAUCCAUAAAUGUGAACAGAUGAAUAUGGCUAAUCAUUUGAUUCUUAAAUAUACCUUCUAAUGUGGUUACUUUAUUUAUUUGGAAUUCUAAACCUGAUUGUCAUAGUACAUAAGACUAAAAGGUUUUGUAAAGGGAAUGUCCUUAGAUAGAUGAAAAAUAGAAAUUAAAAAAUCAUCACUAGUGGAGUCUUGAUUUAUUUUCUUCCAGCAACCUAAUGGACAGAAAAAAGUGAUUUAAUAUUUUUAUUUUAAAGAUAAGCAUGUUAUUUGAUUCCCUGUUCCAAUAGAGUUGACAAAGAUUAAAAUUUAUUUUUUUAUGUCUUUACUGAGAGAAACUUUGAGUCUUCUGAUAUGAGCUAUUGUACAUGUUCAUGUAAGUGCUUUUAUUAAAAUGAUGUAGAGUACUUUACUGAGUAAACUCAGUGAAGAACAAGUGAUUGUUCUGUUACUAAGGCCAUCAUGCAUUCUAAAGUAGUUGGCAUUUUAUAACCUCAGGGAGUCAUUUCCCUCUGUCUCUUUUUCUUCUGUGCUGUUCACUCCAUUACUAGAUUAUUUGAAAAUUCAAAGACUAGAUUUACAUCAAUAUGACUCCAAUUGGGUAUCUUUUUGUACUCUGUACUUACUUUUCUUUUAUUCCAUUUAGAAAUAGUUUAAAUUGUUUUAUUAACCAGCUGUUUGAUUUUUUUCUUUUGUAAAAUUAUUUUCCAGUUGGGGAUAUACACUUGGGAGUGGAAGGUGAAUUUGUAUGAUUAAACAGUAAUCUGCAUUUGGCAGGUAGGGGGAAACUGGACAGGAUGAGUUUAAGGAAAUGGCUACCUUUGAAAUAAACAAUUAGUUUUUGUUCGUGAUAUUUUACCCUCUCCCAUUGUGCAUAUCCCAAGUUAGUAAUUAAAAUUAAUGUUACAUGAAAUUGAAUACAGGAAUAUCAAGGCUCUAUAGCUUAGAGGGUAAGAUAAUAAAAGAACUAUCAGAAGCCUUUUCUACACCUCUCUGUUUUCUGCUGUUUGACAGUAACUGUCAUUUCCCAGGGAGCCAUUUAAUAGUCCUCAAGUCUGAUCUAAUAACUAAUUAUGUUUUGUCUAAGUCUCCACAUCUCUUUGAAGUAAAUUUAGAACCAUGCUAUCAGUUCUUAUUUAUAGACCUCUAUGCUUUAACAAAUACAAAGAAAAUCAACAGGAAUUAACUCAUUUUGUGAUUAAACCUACAACCAUUUUGCAUUACUUUUUUGCCCCUAUAGGAAAUGGUUAUUACCUUCAUUUCUUCUAUUUAGUUUUACUAACUGGAAAUCCAGGUUGAAGUUAAUGAACAUCUUUCUUUCUUUAUUUCUGUACCAUGAGAUCACUAUUGAUGACUGAAAUACUAAGUAUAAAAAGAAUUUGGUUUUGUACAAACUAAUUUUUUAUUUACAAAAAUAAACUAAAAAAUUUGAAACUGUUUUUAUAAGUCAUGUUCCAUAGUUGACUCUGGAGAUUCUGAUUCUGCUGUUCAUUUUGUGAGUAAUUUUGCUUUGGUAUUCCCUAAUUUUCCCGUUUUGCAAUCUCACCUGUCAGUAGGUAUAAGGGGACAUUACUACAAAUGUUUUUAGCUUCUAGAAGUUCUAUUUAAACAGGUGUAGAGAAAUACUCAUAACCCUGUCCCAGACUACUAGUAGAUGAUUUCAAAAUCUGUUUCUUUUUAGAGUUUAAAGCAGCUAUGUGCUUCCCAUGAGUCCCUCAUAAAUUGUCCCAGUGGUAAAACUUGGAAAAAAAUAUAUGUAUCUUUAUUUUUAAUCUAUUUUAUCAUACUCUAGUGGUAACAGUGACAGAAUAAAAAUUAACAAUAUACAGGUACUUCAAUAAGUUUGUGGAAAGCAGAAUUAAAAGGUAAGUUUAUGUUGAUCCAAAAAAAUUGGUGAAAUCUGUACGUAUAGGAGGUCUUGAAAAAGUUCAUGGAAAAUGCAUAUUAUGAAAAAAUUAUGGAUAGAUUUCAAAGUUUAAUGCACAAAAAUAACCAUAUCUUUUAAUUCCUUUUUCCACAAUCUUAUUUAAUUACCUUUAUGCUUGGAGUCCUGUUUUAUAAUUAGUAAAAUGAAGGCAGAAAGAAAAUUUGUCUUGAAUCUUGAGGGGGGAAAAAAACUCUCUUGACCUCUUUCAACUACAAUGAAUAUAAUCCUAAAUUCAUUUGGAUUGCAAAUAUCUACUCAAUAUAAAAUGACUAGGUGUGGGUAUAACUAUUUUACUUUUCAAAAAUUUAAAAAUAGUAACCAGGAAGUUGAGAUCUUAGAAAUCAGAGUAUAAUCAAUUUUUGGUUUUUCUCUGUUACAUGUCUUAACUUUGUUUUUUUAAGUUAAGAAAUAUAUAAAUUUGAGUAUAUAAAAUAAAAAAUAGGCAGUUUAAAGAACAUUUUUCAAGUAGCUACUUAUAUAACCAGCAUUCAAGUUAAUACACUGUUGACUAUGCAGUCCAUUCUCAGUUAUAAUAAGCUCCCCACCACACACACCAUUUAGUUAAUUACCACUAUCCUACCUUUUAUGGUUGCUAGCUUCUUGUUUUUAUUUUGCCUAUGUAUGUAUACCUAAAUAAUACAGUUUACUUUUCUCCCACUUCUAACUUUACAUGAAAGGAGUGCACUGCAUUGUUUGUGCUGCUUCCUGGAUUCAGCAUGUGAUUCAUCUCUUGCCUGUGGCUGUGCUUUGUCAUCCUUGAUGUAUAAUUUACCUGGGUUUGAUAUACUCCAGUUUAUUUAUUCAUUAUUUUGACUAUGGACAAUUGAGAUGAUUUUAAUUUGGAAUAUUGCAAUUCCACAAUGAAAAUGAUUUUAUGUAUCCUGUAGAGCUAAGAAGAUAUGUAUCCAGGAGUUAAAUUGCUUUGUCAUAGGGUAUUCAUAUCUUAAAUUUUAUUAGAUAAUCAGAAAAUUUUUCCUAAGCAUUAGAGAUGUCCUAGUUCUCCAUUUUGUGAACAUAAUGGUAUUUAUAGAUCUUUUAAAUUUUCCAUUCUGGUGUUUGUUAUUGCAGUUUCACUCUGCAUUUUCCUAAUUACCAGUAAAGUUGAGCACCUUCUCAUAAGCUUAUUGGUGACUUCAGCUUUCAUUUUCUAUAGAGUGUUUUGUCAAAUCUGUUACCCAUUCUUUGGGUUGUGCUGGUAGUUUUCUUUCUCACUGAUUCGUAAAAUAUCUUUAUAAAUCUUAGGUUUUGAUAGCUGUAUAGUUAAAAAUAUCUUCUUAUUCUGUGACUUGCCUUUCCCUCUCUUUAUGAUGUUCUUUAAUAAAAAGAAUUUGUUAAUAGUUAGGUACUAAAAAUUGUCGAUCCUUUAAGGUUAGAGGUUUUCUUUUUGUUUAAAAAAACCAUUCCCUACCUUGAAAUCAUGAAGAUACUCUGCUGUAUUAUCUUCUGCAAGCUUUAGUUUUGCCUUUCACAUUUAAGUUUAAUUUGUGAGGAAUACAUUUGUAUAUGCUGACGGGGUACCUCAUCACCAUUUAUUGAAAAGUCUGUUUCUUUCCCUCUUGUAGUGCCUCCAAAGUGGCACUUGAAUAUAUUCAUAUGUCUUUGUCUCUGAGUUUUUGUUCCAACUUCUUGAUAUAUUCUUUUUUUUAAAAAAAAGAUUUUAUUUAUUUUUUUGAGAGGUAGAGUUACAGAUAGUGAGAGGGAGAGACAGAGAGAAAGGUCUUUCAUCCAUGGUUCACUCUCCAAAUGGCCGGAGCUGCGCCAGGAGCUUCUUCCGGGUCUCCCACAUGGGAGCAGGGGCCUAAGCACUUCUGCCAUCUGCUGCUGCUUUCCCAGGCCAUAGCAGAGAGUGGAUCAGAAGAGGAGCAGCCAGGACUAGAACCCAGAGCCUAUGUGGGAUGCCGGCACUGCAAGCAGAGGAUUAGCCCACUGAGCUACAGUGCUGGCCCCAAUGUAUUCUUAAUGUUUACAAAACAGGUCCUCUCCCACUUACUGCUCUGUAAAUGUCUUAGUUAUUUUUAGCCCAUUAUAUUUUUAGUUCUCAGAUUUCUAAUUGCAAACAUGCAAACUUGUUACUCUGCAGUUUCCAGACAUCUUACCAUAAUUUUUGAUCUCUUAACUACUUGAAAAUGAAAAGCAUGAUUAUUUUAUAAUCCAUGUCUAAUAACUACAGAAUCUAAAAUCCCUCCUGUGGGUCUGUUUUUUUUUUGUUUUUGUUUUUGUUUUUUUCUGGUUUUCACUCUUAUUGUUUUAAGAUUUAUUUGUUUGUUUAUUUGAAAGGCAGUUGCAUAGAGGCAGAGAGAGAGACACACACACACACACACACACAGACGUUGUUCAUCUGCUGGUUCACUCCCAAAUGGCCACAAUGGCUGGAGUUGGGCCAUCCAAAGCCAGGAGCCAGGAGCUGCUUCCUGGUCUCCUAUGUGGUGCAGGGGCCCAAGGACUUAAGCCAUCUUCUACUGCUUUCCCAGAGCAUAGCAGAGAGCUGGAUUGGAAGUGGAGCAGCUGAGUCUCAAACCAAUGCCCAUAUGGGAUGCCUGCAGUGCAGGAGGCGGCUUGACCUGCUAUACCAGAGCACCAACUCAUAGUUUUCACUCUCAAUAUCUUACCUCUUACAUAUCUAAAAAGCUGCAGAAAAAAUUUAAUGCCCAAGAUGAUAUUGUCAUCCUCUGCAUAGUUUUUUUGUUUGCUUCUGAAAAGUACCUGGGCACUAGUGAUUUAGGAUCAUUGCUGGGUUUUUUUGUUUGUUUUUGAGGGACACAUAUACCUGGAGAGAGAAGCUCCAAUUCACUAGUUUACUCCCUCACUGCCUGCAGUGACUAACAAACCACAGCUGAGAGCCAGGAACUAGAUCUCGGUCACAUGUAGGUGGCAGGAACCCAAUCACUUCAGCCAUAACUGCUGCCUCCCAGCAUCUAUCUACAUUAGCAGGAAUCUAGAGUGAGGAGCAGAGCUGGGUAUCUUAACUGCUAAGGCCAAUUUAGGAAAUUUUUUUGUGUAAGUUUAGAGAUGGUUUUUUUCCCUGGGCCAUUAUGUGACUCAAACUUAUACUCUAUACCGUGCUAGUACUCUUAACUAUUCACACUUACUCACAGGGUUCAACCCUUCAAGAUUCAAAAGUUAGGUUUACCAAGGCCCCCACCUCUUGAUUGACCCUAGAUGCAACUUUUGAAUCCCUAGCCAUAAAUUCUUUUCAGCUCCUCAGUGGCCUUCUGCAGUCUGUAAAUGUUUUAGGAUACAGUGGUCCCAAUCGAAGGGUUCACUUUUCUGAAUUUCUGUCUUCUAGAUGCUAGCCUGUUGGCUAUUCACCAACUUAAUCACUGAUACUUUCAUAUAUUUUCAAAACUAUGUUUUAUCCAGCCUUUCUAAAUAUUCUCAAGUGAGAAUGUUAAUCCAAAUUACUUUAUCCACCUUACUUCCUAGCUACCUAUUGAUUAUGUGUAAGUAUAGUUGAUUUCUUUGUAUUGCUUUUCUAUGUGGAAAUUUACUGAACUAUCUAAUGAUCCUUGUAAAUUAUUUGUACUUUUUUUGGACUUUCUAUAUAACUAACUUCAGAGAGACAGUUUAUUUUCUAAGAUCCAAAUUUUUAUUUUUUUAUCAAACUUUUUAAAAUGUUUAUUUUCAUUUUAUUUGAAAGGCAGGAAGACAAAGAUCUUUCCUCUGCUGGCUCACUACCCAAGUGUCCUAAACAGAAAGGGCUGGGCCAGGCCAAAAUGGAACUGGGAACUCUGUCCAGGUCUCCCACAAACAUGGAACCUCUCAGGGUGUGCAUUGACUGGAAACUGGAAUCAGAAGCAGAGCUGGGACUGAAACCCAGGCACUUCACUAUAGGAUGCAGGCAUCCAUCGUGGCAUUUUAACCAUGAUAUCAAAUGCCCAUCUCGCCCAAUUUUUAUUUUCUUGGUCCUUUCUGCAUAUGUUUCUUUCCUGUCCCAUUAAUUUCUGCUCUUGCUAUAUUUUUCUGUAUUGGAUUUUUUUGUUGUUGUUGUUGCUGUUUUAUUUGUAAUGUUCUGUUCUUGAGGUAUAUUAUCUCAUUUAUUUUCAGCUUAUCUUCUCGUCCGACAUAGGUAUAUAAAAGUCAUCUCUAUGCUAUUGCAAUAUAAUAUCAAAUUUUACUGUAAUGAUUGUAGCCAUAGUCUAUAGGUUUUGAUAUAUAAUAUUGUUGAUAUCCAGUUUAAAUAUUUGCUGAUUUUCAUUAGGAUUUCCUUUUCAGCCCUUGAGUGUUUUUAUGAGAGAAUUUCUUAGUUUCCAAACAUGGAGCCUUUAUAAUAAUCUUUUUUUUUUAAUUUUGACUUGCAGUUUAAGUGAAUUUUAGGGUAAAAAAUCUUUGAUUUUAACCCUUUGAAAUUACUUGCAACUCACUUUAUGGCCCAGAAUGUAAUUUUUGUGCAUUUGAAAACAUUGUAUUCUAUAGUCCUUGUAAACUAUAUAUGUCUGUUAAAAUCAAGUUUGUUAAUUGUUAUUUCAACCUUUUGUAUCCUGAUUUUUAAUACACCUGUUCUGUCAAUUACUGAAAGAGGCGUGUUAAAAAUCAUCCACUAUGAUUUUGAUUUGCUUCUUUCUCCAUGUAUUUGUUUCUGUUUUAUAUAUUUUGAGAUUAAAUUAUUAAGUGCACAUAAAUUUUCCUAGCAAAUUGUAUGUUAUCACUGUGAAAUGUAUCUCUGUAUUAUGUUUUGCCUUUUUAAAGUCUGUUUUCUGUGUAACUAAUAAUGACUUUAUUUUGGUUUAUAUUUUCAUGAAAUAAGUUUUCCACCCAUUUACUUUCAGCCUUCCUGUAUUCUUAUCUGUAGAUGAUUGUCAAGUAAACAGUAUCGCUGUGGUUUGGAUGUUGAACAUGCCUAAAUGCCCAUGUGUUAGGCUUGGUCCUCAGAGUGGCACUACUUUGAGGUGGAAUCUUUAGGACAUAGUUCCUGAGGUCUUUGGGAUUAUUUCCUAAGAAGGUAGUACUUGUGUGACCUUAUGAGUUAGAAAUCCUGAAUCUAAGCCCAUCCACUUCCUAUCACUGCUUUCUGGCUUGCCACGGGGUCCUUAUUCUGUACGUGCUCCGACAUCCACCAUGGGCUUCCUGCAAGAACCAAAACCUGUGCCAUACCCUUUGGACUUUGAGCCUAAAAACUGUCAGUGAAAUAAACUCCUUCUCUUUGUAAGUUAGCUCUCAAGUAUUUAUUUGCAGUAAAGAAAAACUACUAAUACAAGGGCCAGCACU